UCUUCUGGCGCUGCUCACGACAAGCGACACAGAGCUCAAAGUUUGAGCUCACCAGCAACCGUUAAAAAGGCCGAGGAAACUGUGACAGUCUAACAUUUGUGUGACAGUCUAACAUUUGUGUGACAGCCCAACAGCUGUGUGACAACCCAAGAUCUGUGUGACAGCCCAACAGCUGUGUGACAACCCAACAGCUGUGUGACAACCGAACAGCUGUGUGACAACCCAACAGCUGUGUGACAACCCAACAGCUGUGUGACAGCCCAACAGCUGUGUGACAACCCAACAGCUGUGUGUGUGUGUGAUGACAGCAGCUGUUCCCUAGCCAACAGCAGCAGCAACCACCGCCAGGAAUGUUACAACCACCAGUUGACUCACUCGACCACCGGCUGGACCACCGGCUGGACCACAGACCGGACCACCGGCUGGACCACAGACCCGACCACCGGCUAGACCACCAGUUUACCAUAGCAGCUGAAUACUUGCAUCGGGCAUCUCCAUGCCGUCCAGCCUCCACCAGUCCCCGGCUGUCUGAGCUGUCCAACAGCCCGAGACCAGGCUCUACAGAGAUCUGCGCCGUGGGCUCCCCCUCCCCCAGCCUCUCGCCCGGCGGGGGGCCUAUCAAGAAAAACACACCAGGUCUGAUGUGUGUAGUGUGUGGCGACACGUCCAGCGGAAAACAUUACGGCAUCCUGGCAUGUAACGGCUGCAGCGGCUUCUUCAAGAGGAGCGUCAGACGGAAGUUGAUAUACAGAUGUCAGGCGGGAACUGGGCUGUGUACAGUUGAUAAGGCCCACAGGAACCAGUGUCAGGCCUGCAGGCUCAAAAAGUGUAUACAGAUGGGCAUGAAUAAAGAUGCCGUCCAGAACGAGCGCCAGCCCAGGAACACGGCCCAGGUGCGCGAGGACCAGAUCCAGCACGAGCUCGAGCAGCCCCUCGUCCCCUCCAGCGCCACGGUCAGCGCCACCCACCCCGCCUUCAGCCCGGGGGCGGGGCACAGGUUCAUGGCCAGCCUCAUGACGGUCGAGGUCAGCAAACCUGACCAGGACGACACAGGUGACGAGAACAUCGACGUGACCAGCAUUGAAAGCGAGGCUCACCAGCACGGCCCGGCCCCCCAGCCCAGCCUGCUGUACACGGAGAGCGCCAUCUACCCCCCGGGCCACGAGACCCUGUACGAGUGCUCGGCCCGUCUGCUCUUCAUGGCGGUCAAGUGGGCCAAAAACCUGCCCUCGUUUGCCAACCUGCCCUUCCGUGAUCAGGUCAUCCUGCUCGAGGAGGCGUGGAGUGAGCUGUUCUUGCUGUGUGCCAUCCAGUGGUCCAUGCCCAUGGAGGCGUGUCCACUCUUCGCCCUCCCCGACCACCUCCCCGCCCUCGCCACCAGCAAGGUCACGCCCUUCUCAGACAUGCGCAUUCUGCAGGAUGUUAUGGCAAGGUUCAAGGUCGUUCAAGUUGACCCCGCAGAAUUUGCUUGUCUCAAGGCCAUUGUGCUGUUUAAGUCAGAUGCCAGAAGUCUCAAGGACCCGCAUCAAGUUGAAGGUCUUCAGGACCAGGCACAGGUCAUGUUAGGUCAGCACAUCCGGAGUCAGCACCCGUCUCAACCCUACAGGUUUGGCCGUCUGCUGCUGGCCCUCCCCACACUGCGCUAUGUGACGUCAGACAGGAUCGAGCGGCUUUUCUUUGGCCGCACCAUCGGCAACACGCCCAUGGAGAAACUGCUGUGUGAUAUGUUCAAAAGUUGACACCAAGUCAAGUCAAUGCCGUUCAAAAGUUGACCGGAGCACCAAGUCAAUGCCAUUCAAAGGUUGACUGAUGCACUAAAAAGUCAGUAUAUCAGCUUUCAACAUUUGACUGGGGCACCAAGUCAAGUCAAUACCUUUCAAAAGUUGACUGGGGCGUGACUUUCUUUUAUUUCUAGCCAGCUCUCAAGUUCAGUUCGUGUUUGAAUGUCCGGCCAACAAUUCUAGACCCAGAUAGCCAUUAGACCCCGCUUGUCUAGUAGCCAAAAACUGCUUGCUGAUAAGCCAGGCUACCGUCCACUUGAGGUAGCACUAAGGCUAUCGUCCACUUGAGGUAGCACUAAGGCUACCGUCCACUUGAGGUAGCACUAAGGCUACCGUCCACUUGAGGUAGCACUAAGGCUACCGUCCACUUGAGGUAGCACUAAGGCUACCGUCCACUUGAGGUAGCACUAAGGCUACCGUCCACUUAAGGUAGCACUAAGGCUACCGUCCACUUGAGGUAGCACUAAGGCUACCGUCCACUUAAGGUAGCACUAAGGCUACCGCCCACUUGAGGUAGCACUAAGGCUACCGUCCACUUGAGGUAGCACUAAGGCUACCGCCCACUUGAGGUAGCACUAAGGCUACCGUCCACUUGAGGUAGCACUAAGGCUACCGUCCACUUGAGGUAGCACUAAGGCUACCGCCCACUUGAGGUAGCACUAAGGCUACCGUCCACUUGAGGUAGCACUAAGGCUACCGUCCUCCUGGUUUGAGCUUGCCCUGCUGUGUAUAAUUGUAUUUCUCUAGCUAGAGCACAAUAAAAGAUUUGCUUCAA